AUGAGAUUUACAUCAAUACUGCUGUGGUUUGCGGCGACAGCACGGGGAGCUGAGCCCCAACGACGAGAUACCACUGCCACCGAGAGCGGCUUCAAUAUGGUCUCGUUGUCUAGUGCACUAGCCCAAAUCACGUCGAAUGCCACGGCCACGGCUCGUUUCGAGAACAUCUCGGCACCGCCCAAAUCCCUCAUUCCCGAAAUUGUGUCGGUCGUGCCUAUGACCGUGAUCUGGGAACUGAUCGACCCGCAGUCGCGCAGUAUACUCGCGAGCCAAUUCAGCGCUGGGACCACCCCGGCCUGGUACAGCAGUCUUCCCACGGACGUGAAGAGCUACAUGUCCGUGGUGAAAUCGCAGAUCUCGGCGGGUGCUCUGACGGCGACGGCGACCACGACGGCGACCGGGCCCGUGAGCGCCACCAAGACCGGGGCGACUUCAACCUCGAGCGGGAUGGCGGCACAGCCUACGGCGCUCACCGCGUCGAUGAUCGGGGCCUUGAGUUUUCUCGGGUUGGCCCUAGCGUUGUAG